GUUCCUUGCAAGACUUGGGCCCAGUGGGAGGCAUGCCUGGCAUGAGCUGUGUUUAGUCGCGUGUCGGGAAAAUUGAAAUUUCGAAUUUCUGGACGCGACGCGACUUGAGCAACACCCAAACAGACCCCUUCCUAGAGGUACUUAGCUUGCUACUUAUCCUGCUCUCUUCUGCUUCAUCAAGACUAGCUACAGCUAUGGACUCAUUCAGAGUACCUCUCUCCCCAAAAAAGGGCGCACUUGCAAAACACAACGUUCAGCAGACAGCUCCUACGAGCCCAAGUAAACAUGCUCUCUCUUCCCGCUCUGCCUCGCCCAAGAAGCCCAAAGCCCAAGUCUUCAUCGACUCGCCAGCUGUUAAGCUAUCAUAUGAUCAGCCUGCUGUGUCUUCUAUCCAUGGCAGUUCUCCCAGACUCGGUAGUUCACCGCUCAAACGACCACAUACGCACGCGUUCCUGUCAACGCCUACAUACCAAUCGCCAGGAACGCUCCUGAUGCGAGAAGGCAGGACGAGUCCUCGAAAACGUCCAACACCCCUCGCUUCACUUACUGAACGUUCACGACUUUCAGUCUCCCCAACGACCAUCACGAGCCAUUCUUUAUUGAGUCCGCCUGCAGCACCGCCUAUUUCGCCGUCGCCCCUCAAACAGGGAACGCCGACUGCGACUGAUGCAGAGAGAUCUGUGUUGCGUACAAUGAUGGAUAGCGCCAUAACUCCUACUGAGCAGGCCACUCUACCAAUGCAUCCGUAUAAGCAGGGACAAGGCAACAAUACGCUUGUUGCACUACUGACACCGCCACGUCCUUGUCUACCGUUCGCUUCCUCAACGACACGACCUGAUUCCGUCCAAUCGGCUCCUGGACGUCUCGCUAGCCGUCGUCAGGUCACGACUGGCCAUCUCACGGUGUUGCGGGAUCCCACCAGCUACGAAGCGAUAGUGGAUCAGACUUUCGAGCAAGGUGUGGAUGUCAACAAGGAGAAUGAGGGUCAUCGCAGGCCAUUGCAUCGGUAUAAGCUACGGUCAGUCGAUCCGGUGAUUGGCCAGAGCAACAGCAUCUCCAUCUAGAUCAACCCAUUCUCUGCUGUACACAUGUUCUCAGAUAGUGUCUCUUUCUUGUAACAACAUCUUCCUACUCUUGACCCCUUGACCAGUGACACCUUUUGGAUAGUCCUGCUUCUUCAGCCUUCUACUUUCCUUCAUCGCUCAUAGAGCAUCCUUCAGAGUAUGUCAAGAGAUACACUCUACGCUUCCCUCAUCACUGCAGAGAAUGGACUUGCAACCGUCAAGCGACAGCGCAAGCAGACACUUCCUCGAGCCAGACUCCCUACACACCGUGAAUCGAUCAAGACAGCUGCUGCAACAGAGGAUAAGGAAGAGGAGGCACGUCUUGGACACUAUAAUGCGCAGCUACAAGCAAAGAUGCGCUUCGAAUCGAUGCGUAUCAAGAAAGCUGUUGCGGUCGCACUCGAUGCCCCCAAGGACCCUGACGCAGCCGU